AUGAACGAAAUGUCCAGUUUCCUCCACAUCGGGGACAUCGUCUCCCUGUACGCUGAGGGCUCGGUCAAUGGCUUCAUCAGUACCCUAGGGUUGGUAGAUGACCGCUGCGUGGUGGAACCAGCUGCUGGUGAUCUGGACAACCCUCCAAAGAAGUUCCGAGCCCAAAUGGAACAGAAGCAGAACGAGACAGAAAACAAGAAAGUUCAUGGGGAUGUGGUGAAGUAUGGCAGUGUCAUACAGCUUCUUCACAUGAAAAGCAACAAGUACUUGACAGUGAAUAAGAGGCUACCAGCUCUGCUGGAGAAGAAUGCAAUGAGAGUAACACUGGAUGCCACUGGCAAUGAGGGCUCCUGGCUCUUUAUUCAGCCUUUCUGGAAGCUUCGAAGUAAUGGAGACAAUGUGGUUGUAGGGGACAAAGUAAUUCUGAACCCUGUCAAUGCUGGACAGCCCCUGCAUGCAAGCAACUAUGAGCUCAGUGACAAUGCUGGCUGCAAAGAGGUCAACUCUGUCAACUGCAACACCAGCUGGAAAAUCAACUUGUUCAUGAAGUUCCGGGACCACCUGGAGGAAGUUUUGAAAGGGGGAGAUGUGGUACGCUUGUUCCACGCGGAGCAGGAGAAGUUUCUGACGUGUGAUGAGUACAAGAGCAAGCUACAAGUAUUCCUUCGUACCACUCUUCGCCAGUCCGCCACAUCAGCUACCAGCUCCAAUGCUCUCUGGGAGGUGGAGGUUGUCCACCACGACCCCUGCCGAGGAGGGGCUGGCCACUGGAAUGGCCUGUACCGCUUCAAACACCUGGCCACAGGCAAUUACCUGGCAGCAGAGGGGUCCCAAGGAAGAACUGGCCGAAGGAAUGCUGGUGAGAAGAUCAAAUACCGACUUGUGGCUGUGCCCCACGGAAAUGAUAUCGCUUCUCUCUUUGAGCUCGAUCCUACCACGCUACAGAAGACUGACUCUUUUGUGCCUAGAAACUCCUAUGUCCGGUUGCGCCAUCUCUGCACCAACACUUGGAUCCAGAGCACAAAUGUUCCCAUUGACAUCGAGGAGGAGCGGCCCAUCCGACUCAUGCUGGGCACCUGCCCCACCAAGGAAGACAAAGAAGCCUUCGCCAUUGUCUCUGUGCCCGUGUCUGAGAUCCGAGACCUUGACUUUGCCAAUGAUGCCAGUUCCAUGUUGGCCAGUGCUGUGGAGAAGCUCAAUGAAGGUUUCAUCAGCCAGAAUGACCGCAGAGAGCCUGGGAAAGAUAAGCCUCUUAAGAAAGAGAUCUUUGGUAUCCUGAAGGCCCCAUUCCGGGACAAGGGUGGUGAAGGUCCUUUGGUGAGGCUGGAGGAGUUAUCUGACCAGAAGAACGCCCCCUAUCAGCACAUGUUCCGCCUCUGCUACCGGGUCCUGAGGCACUCCCAGGAGGAUUACCGCAAGAAUCAGGAGCACAUUGCCAAGCAGUUUGGAAUGAUGCAGUCACAGAUUGGCUAUGACAUCCUGGCCGAGGAUACCAUCACUGCUCUGUUGCACAACAACCGGAAACUCUUGGAGAAGCACAUUACUAAGACAGAAGUGGAGACCUUCGUCAGCCUCGUGCGCAAGAAUCGGGAGCCUAGAUUCCUGGAUUAUCUCUCUGACUUGUGUGUGUCCAAUCACAUUGCCAUCCCCGUCACCCAGGAGCUCAUCUGUAAAUGUGUCCUGGACCCCAAGAACAGUGACAUCCUCAUCAAGACAGAGCUGCGACCCGUGAAGGAAAUGUCUCAGUCCCAUGAGUACUUGAGCAUCGAAUACUCCGAGGAGGAAGUCUGGCUUACUUGGAGUGACAAGAACAAUGAACACCAUGAGAAGAGCAUUCGGCAACUGGCCCAGGAGGCUCGGGCAGGCAAUGCCCAUGAUGAGAAUGUGCUCAGUUACUACAGAUACCAGCUAAAGCUGUUUGCCCGCAUGUGUCUGGACCGCCAGUAUCUGGCCAUCCAUGAGAUCUCCCAACAGCUGGGGGUGGAUCUGAUCUUCCUGUGCAUGGCGGAUGAGAUGCUGCCCUUUGAUCUACGGGCCUCUUUUUGUCAUCUUAUGCUGCAUGUGCAUGUGGACCGAGACCCUCAGGAACUCGUCACCCCGGUCAAGUUUGCCCGCCUCUGGACAGAGAUCCCCACGGCCAUCACCAUCAAGGACUAUGACUCCAACCUCAAUGACUCUCGGGAUGAUAAGAAGAAUAAAUUUGCCAACACCAUGGAGUUUGUAGAGGACUAUCUCAACAAUGUAGUCAGUGAGGCUGUGCCCUUUGCCAAUGAAGAGAAGAACAAGCUCACCUUUGAGGUGGUCAGCUUAGCCCACAACCUCAUCUACUUCGGCUUCUACAGCUUCAGCGAGCUACUCCGUCUCACUCGGACAUUGCUGGGCAUCAUCGACUGUGUGCAGGGGCCCCCAGUCUUGUUGCAGGCCUACAAUGAAGAUCCUGGGGGGAAAAAUGUUCGCCGAUCUAUCCAGGGGGUGGGGCAGAUGAUGUCCACCAUGGUACUGAGCCGUAAGCAGUCCAUCUUCAAUGCUCCCAGCCUCCCCACUGCCGGAACCCAGGAGUCGAUGGAUCGGGGAAAGUUUGUGGAGAAUGAAGACAUUGUGGUGAUGGAGACCAAACUCAAAAUCCUGGAAAUCCUGCAGUUUAUUCUCAAUGUGCGGCUGGAUUAUCGCAUCUCCUACCUGCUCUCAGUCUUCAAGAAGGAGUUCGUAGAGGUUUUCCCCAUGCAAGACAGUGGGGCUGAUGGAACAGCCCCAGCUUUUGACUCCACAACUGCAAACAUGAACCUGGAUCGGAUUGGGGAGCAAGCAGAGGCUAUGUUUGGAAUGGGGAAGACUAGCAGCAUGCUGGAAGUGGAUGAUGAAGGUGGGCGCAUGUUCCUCAGAGUCCUGAUUCAUCUCACCAUGCAUGACUAUGCCCCUCUGGUCUCAGGCUCUCUGCAGCUACUUUUCAAACACUUCAGCCAGCGUCAGGAGGUCAUACACACCUUCAAACAGGUGCAGCUACUGAUCUCAGCCCAGGAUGUAGAAAACUACAAAGUGAUCAAGUCUGAGCUGGACCGGCUACGGACCAUGGUGGAGAAGUCAGAACUGUGGGUAGAUAAGAAGGGAAGCAACAAAGGAGAGGAGGUGGUAGAUGAGAAGAAGGAGAAGAAAGAGCGCCCCACCGACGAGGAGGGCUUCGCCCAACCACCCGGGGAGAAAAGCAGUGAAAACUACCAGAUCGUCAAAGGGAUCCUUGAACGUUUGAACAAGAUGUGUGGUGUCGGGGAGCAGAUGCGGAAGAAGCAGCAGAGGUUGCUAAAGAAUAUGGAUGCCCAUAAAGUCAUGCUAGACCUUCUACAGAUCCCAUACGAAAAGGGUGACGCCAAGAUGAUGGAAAUUCUUCGCUAUACUCACCAGUUCCUGCAGAAAUUUUGUGCUGGAAAUCCUGGAAACCAGGCCCUGCUCCACAAGCACCUCAAUCUCUUCCUCACCCCUGGGCUUUUGGAGGCUGAGACCAUGCAGCACAUAUUCCUGAACAACCAUCAGCUGUGCUCGGAGAUCAGUGAGCCUGUCUUACAGCACUUUGUACACCUGUUGGCCACCCAUGGGCGGCACGUGCAGUACUUGGACUUCCUACACACCGUCAUCAAGGCUGAGGGCAAGUACGUCAAGAAAUGUCAGGACAUGAUCAUGACUGAGCUGACCAAUGCAGGGGAUGAUGUGGUGGUGUUUUACAACGACAAGGCCUCCAUGGCCCAUAUGUUGGACAUGAUGAAGGCAGCAAGGGAUGGUGUGGAAGACAAUAGCCCCCUCAUGUACCAUAUAUCCCUGGUGGAUCUCCUGGCCGCUUGUGCUGAGGGCAAGAACGUCUACACUGAGAUCAAAUGUACGUCCCUGUUGCCCCUGGAGGAUGUGGUCUCCGUGGUUACUCAUGAAGAUUGUAUCACUGAGGUAAAAAUGGCAUAUGUGAACUUUGUCAACCACUGUUACGUAGACACUGAGGUGGAAAUGAAAGAGAUUUACACCAGCAAUCACAUCUGGACUCUUUUUGAGAAUUUCACCACGGACAUGGCCCAGGUCUGUAAGAAACGAGAGAAACGCAUGUCUGACCCGACCCUGGAGAAGUAUGUUCUGACUGUGGUCCUAGACACCAUCAAUGCCUUCUUUAGCUCUCCCUUCUCCGAAAACAGCACCUCCCUACAGACACACCAGACAAUCGUAGUUCAGCUUCUCCAGUCCAGCAUGAGGCUGUUGGAGUGUCCCUGGCUGCAGCAGCAUCACAAGGGCUCAGUGGAGGCCUGCAUCCGGACCCUGGCCAUGGUUGCCAAGAGCCGAGCCAUCUCCCUGCCCAUGGACCUGGACUCCCACAUCAGCUCCCUCCUGAACAGCAGUGCCAGUUGUGCUGUUCAGCGUAAUGCUUCCAGCUACAAGUCAGCCACUCGAGCCUUCCCUCGGGUCACCACCACCGCCAACCAGUGGGACUACAAGAACAUCAUUGAGAAGCUGCAGGACAUCAUCACCACGCUUGAGGAGCGGCUGAAGCCAUUGGUGGAGGCUGAGUUGUCGGUGUUGGUGGAUGUUCUGCACUGGCCUGAGCUCCUGUUCCUAGAGGGGAGUGAUGCCUACCAGCGAUGUGAGAGCGGAGGCUUUCUGUCCAAGCUGAUCCAGCACACAAAGGACCUGAUGGAGUCUGAGGAAAAGUUAUGCAUUAAGGUGCUGAGGACCCUGCAGCAGAUGCUGCUCAAGAAGAGGAAGUAUGGGGAGCGGGGCAACAACCUGCGGAAGAUGCUGCUCCAUAAUUAUCUUCAGAACCGGAAACUGAACUCCAAGGGGGACAUACCAGAUUCCAUGAGCGCAGGCCAGGACCAGGACUGGUCACACAUUGCAGCAAUCCAGUGCCGGCUGGACAAGGAAGGAGCCACCAAGUUGGUAUCUGAUCUGAUCAUGAGCACAAAGAAUGAGAAGAUUUUCCAGGAGAGCAUUGGCUUGGCCAUUCGCCUCCUGGAUGGGGGCAACACUGAGAUCCAGAAAUCCUUUUACAAUCUGAUGACCAGUGACAAGAAGUCCGAGAAAUUCUUCAAGGUGCUUCAUGACCGCAUGAAAAGGGCCCAGCAAGAGACCAAGUCCACAGUGACUGUGAACAUGAAUGACCUGGGCAGCCAGCCCCGGGAGGACAGGGAGGCUGGAGAUGCUGGAGGCAAAGGGCGUAUGGCAUCCUUUGCACUCCCCAGCCCCACUUCCCGUUACUCCCUGAGUGCCAGCUUCCGCAGGGGGCACGAGGUGGUUGAUCGGGGGCAGAGCAAUGAGAUGGGAACCUCAGUGCUGAUCAUGCAGCCCAUUCUGCGCUUCCUCCAGCUGCUGUGUGAGAACCACAACCGGGACCUUCAGAACUUCCUUCGCUGUCAGAAUAAUAAGACCAACUACAACCUGGUGUGUGAGACGCUGCAAUUUCUGGACAUCAUGUGCGGUAGCACCACAGGCGGCCUGGGGCUGCUGGGCCUCUACAUCAACGAGGACAACGUGGGGCUCGUCACCCAGACCCUGGAGACACUCACCGAGUACUGCCAGGGGCCCUGCCACGAGAACCAGACCUGCAUUGUGACGCACGAGUCCAACGGCAUUGACAUCAUCACCGCCCUGAUCCUCAAUGACAUCAGUCCCUUGUGCAAAUACCGCAUGGACCUGGUGCUGCAGCUCAAGGACAAUGCUUCCAAGCUCCUUCUGGCUCUGAUGGAGAGCCGCCAUGACAGUGAGAAUGCAGAGAGGAUUCUUAUCAGCCUGAGGCCACAGGAACUGGUGGAUGUCAUCAAGAAGGCCUACCUGCAGGAGGAGGAGCGUGAGAACUCUGAGGUGUCUCCAAGAGAGGUCGGCCACAACAUCUAUAUCCUGGCUUUGCAGCUCUCAAGACACAACAAGCAACUACAGCACCUGCUGAAGCCGGUGAAGCGCAUCCAGGAGGAGGAGGAAGAAGGCAUCUCUUCCAUGCUCAGCCUAAACAACAAGCAGUUGUCCCAAAUGCUGAAGUCAUCAGUGCCCGUGCAGGCAGAGGAAGAGGACCCUCUGGCUUAUUAUGAGAACCACACAUCCCAGAUUGAGAUCGUCCGACAGGACCGGAGCAUGGAGCAGAUCGUGUUUCCAGUACCCAGCAUCUGUGAGUUUCUGACGGAGGAGACCAAGCAUCGGCUGUUCACCACCACCGAGCAGGAUGAGCAGGGCAGCAAAGUCAGCGACUUCUUUGACCAGUCUUCCUUCUUGCACAAUGAGAUGGAGUGGCAGAAGAAACUUCGAAGCAUGCCUCUGAUCUAUUGGUUCUCUCGACGAAUGACCCUGUGGGGCUCCAUAUCCUUCAACCUUGCUGUCUUCAUCAACAUCAUCAUUGCCUUCUUCUACCCCUAUGUGGAGGGUGCCUCCACAGGCGUGCUGGGCUCACCUCUCAUCUCCUUGCUCUUCUGGCUUCUGGUCUGCUUCUCCAUCGUGGCUCUGUUCACUAGGCGCUACAGCAUCCGGCCCGUCAUUGUGGCUCUCAUCCUGCGCUCCAUCUAUUACCUGGGCAUCGGGCCCACCCUCAACAUCCUGGGGGCCCUCAAUCUAACCAACAAGAUCGUGUUUGUAGUGAGCUUUGUGGGCAACCGAGGCACCUUCAUCAGGGGCUACAAAGCCAUGGUGAUGGACAUGGAGUUCCUUUAUCACGUCGGCUACAUCCUCACCAGCGUGCUAGGCAUCUUUGCCCAUGAGCUCUUCUACAGCAUCCUGCUCUUCGACCUGAUCUAUCGUGAAGAGACCUUGUUCAACGUGAUCAAGAGCGUGACUCGGAAUGGGCGCUCCAUCUUGCUCACUGCCCUGCUGGCCCUCAUCCUUGUCUACCUCUUCUCCAUUGUUGGCUUCCUCUUCCUCAAGGAUGACUUCAUCCUUGAGGUGGACCGACUGCCCGAUAACAAGUCCAAAGCCAGCCCCCUGGGAAUGCCCCAUAGCGCCGCAGCAUUCAUGGACACAUGCAGUGGAGACAAGAUUGGCUGUUCCUCUGGGAUCACGGUGCCUGAAAUUCUGGAAGAGGAUGAUGAUGAGGACAGCACGGAGCGGGCCUGCGAUACACUCCUCAUGUGUAUAGUCACCGUAAUGAACCACGGACUUCGAAAUGGUGGGGGCGUGGGUGACAUUCUACGAAAGCCAUCCAAGGAUGAGUCCCUGUUCCCUGCUCGAGUGAUCUACGACCUCUUGUUCUUUUUCAUUGUCAUUAUCAUUGUGCUGAACCUCAUCUUUGGGGUGAUCAUCGAUACCUUUGCUGACCUGAGGAGCGAGAAGCAGAAGAAGGAGGAAAUCCUUAAGACCACAUGCUUCAUCUGCGGUCUGGAGAGAGACAAGUUUGACAACAAGACGGUGUCCUUCGAAGAACAUAUCAAGUACGAGCACAACAUGUGGAACUAUUUAUAUUUUAUUGUGCUGGUGCGAGUAAAGAACAAAACGGACUACACUGGCCCAGAGAGCUAUGUCGCACAGAUGAUUAAGAACAAGAAUCUGGACUGGUUCCCCCGAAUGCGAGCCAUGUCACUGGUCAGCAAUGAAGGUGAAGGAGAGCAAAAUGAGAUAAGGAGCCUUCAGGACAAACUCAACUCCACCAUGAAACUGGUGUCUCAUCUCACCUCACAGCUCAAUGAGCUGAAGGAACAAAUGACAGAGCAAAGGAAACGCAGGCAGCGUAUGGGUUUUGUGGAUGUCCAGAACUGCAUGAGUCGCUGAGACUGAUCUCCUCCAGAAAGAACUGAAGAGGGAAUGUUGGUUAUUAGACAAUUGUUACUGCAAAGAAACACCCUGGCUCUUCUCUCUCUCUGUGUGUGUGCUUCCUACUGGUGGGAUGGCCCUAGCUGAGUCAACUACUUACACCAAAAUUCAAACUCAGCAUUGGCUCCCUCAGUGUCAGGGAUCCCAGAUGGCAGAAGCUUUGAUCAGCAUCAGGGGGAGGGAGACUCCAGUGGACAAUCCAGUGGACAAUUCUGGAAGUGAAGAUGUGGAAAUCCACCAGGAGUCGGUUUACCUUACUGCCUUAGAGGAAGAUAAAGCACUUGGGAGCUUUAUCCCUUAAUACAGUAACUUAAAAAUUCAUUUUCAUUCCUCAACGUGGGUGAUUAGGAGUGGGUCAUUCUCUUUAUCUCCAGGCACUACAUUUUGGUAGCUACAUGCCUCAGGGGGAGGUAGCAUGAAUACUGUUACUAGUAAUUUUAGGGCUUCAUUAUUUAACUUAUUCCAAGUACGCCAUUCUGACUCAGACCUGCCCACUCGGCUGUCUCACCCACUGUGCCUCAAAUGUACUGUACACCUCAUCAUUUUCCUCCAGGAUGCUUCCUUCUAAACCUGGGGCAGUCACAGGCAGACAGCCUGGUAGACAUUUGGCUAAAAAACUUCCCUCUUCCUACCCCACCUAAUAUUCAUAAUGUAGGUUGAUGAUCUCUGGAUGAGGAAUUAUCUAGUCCUCCCUUUUGGAAGAGAUUUUCACCUGGUCUGCAGUAGAAAUGACAUAUCUCUGAGGUUUUCUGGGAAGGGCUGGUUUGUACUGAGUGGCAUCCCCCUGCUCCCCACCUCCAAUCCCCCUGGUGUGAUGUUUUACAGAAUUCUUGAAAACUAAUUUGUUAAUUGCCUUAAAUAAAUUAACAGAAAUCAAAACUUGAUUUUAAAAAUUAGGAUUCUUAUAUUUGUUAAAGGUUAGUUGGAUUACAAUGAAAGAGGGAAAGGCAAAAUUCAGACAUUUUCCUAACUGGUCUAGGGACCAUUAAGGAGAUCCUCUUAAAACCAGUGCAGCUGCUUUGCUGAAGAUCUCUUGGUGGAGUCAGCUAGGUGGCUCAGUGGAUUGAGAGGCCAGGCCUAGAGAGAGGAGGUGUUGGGUUCA